AUGGCCGACGACGCUCCCGAUGCCAGCCCCAAGAACGAACCCCUCAACGUUGAGACAAAAGAAGACGCAGAGACACGCGCCGCUCGUCGCGAAUUAAAGCAAUCUUCCAUCUCCGAUCCCCCAACAUCUGGCCCUGAAGAUGCUGCCAACACCUCGGAUGCGCCCGAUAAGGAUAUGAAGGAGCAAAUCACUUCACCUAAGAAGAAGCGAGCACACGACCAACUAGAUGGGAGCAAGGAGGAGGAAGAGAAUGACACUAACAGUGUUGCGUCGUCUGAUUCAGCCAAGGAUAGGUCCCUACGACUAGAACCCGAGAAGAAGCGACAUCGCGACGAGGAUACAGAUUUGCAAUCCAGAGCUGCUUCCAGUGAAGAAGCGACCAAGACUUCACAGACGGGUAACUCCUCUACGAAAAAGUCUCAACCACAAACAUCUGCCAGCGCUUUUGCAGCAUCUGGAUUUGGCAAGCUCUCCUCUGGGUCGUCGCCUUUUGCUUCCCUCGGUGCCUCUCAGGGAUCCAGCCCUUUUGCAUCAGCCGCCACUGGCAAGCCCUCGAUUAGCUCAUUUGCUUCCCCGCCCGCGUCCACGGCUGCGCAGCCAGCAGCAGCUCCCAAACUGACCUUUGGCAGCUCUGGCGGAGCAUCACCUUUUGCUGGACUUUCCACCGGGAGUAACGGAAGCCCAUUUGGCGGAAGUACAUUUGGCUCUGCUUUCGGGGCCGGUAAGCCCCUCUCGAGCUUUGCUGCACCCGGAGCAGAGGCGCCCAAGAGUGAGAAGCCUUCGAAACCUUUUGGAGCUCCUGAUAGUGAUGUCGAGGAGGAGGACGACGAGGACAAUGAGGCGGAAGAGACCGAACAGCCUGCUGAGACCGAGCGUGCCGCUUCUCCUGAGAAGGAAUCUGACGAGAAAAAGAAGCUCAAGUUACAAAAGAUUGAGGUGAACGAUGGAGAAGCUGGAGAAGCAACAGUCGUAUCUGUUAGAGCCAAGAUGUUUUACCACGAUAAGGAAGCUGGCUGGAAGGAACGAGGUGCGGGCAUGUUGAAGAUCAACGUGCCUCAAGCCUGUGUCGAGUACGACGAUAGCGGUGCUGUUAUUCCCGGAUCAUUUGAUGCCUCCGCUCUCGAAGUAGAUGAGGAGGCAGCAGGAGGUUCUCAGGGGCACAAGGUGGCUCGACUCAUCAUGCGCCAGGACCAGACGCACCGAGUUAUCUUGAACACAGCACUUGUUGCUGCUAUGAAGUUCCAAGAAAAGGCUUCAUUGAAGUCUGUUGGUAUUCUAUUCACUGCAUUCGAGGGCGAGCAGUCCAAGCCUGUGAGCAUCACAAUGCGGAUGUCAGCCGCUAAUGCUAAGAUCUUCAUGAAUGAAAUCGGCAGCAUCCAAAAGGAGCUCCAGAGCAGUUAG